AUGGAAGGCCUAACACUUCUAGAGGAUGGCGGCACUGUAAAGACAACGCGCCAAUGGUGGAACGUUAUCGAAUUGACCAUCGUUAAUAUCAUAACUAAUUUGACGAAGAUGAUGCCAGGAUCAGCAACCUAUUCACCUAGAAGAACCAAGUCCUACAUGGAGCACGCGACGGACGCCAGUAAAACGGACUUCCGCAAAUGUCCCGGCCUCCUGCAACUCCAGCUGUAA